AUGCACGCUCACGGACUCGUCUGUUCCUGGCGUGUUAUUGACACGAAUGACAAUCAAUACUGUUGGAUUAUUCUUAUAGGUCUCGGUUUUCUGCUUGUCGAAACAGGUGUCGUCAUCUGGCUUCGAAAUGGACACGAAUUCAAAGUAGUUGCUUUUUGCUUGAUAUUCUAUUUGUCGUGCACAACGCCGUCUUUAUGGAUAAUACAUUUCGACACUGCAAAUCGAAAGUUAUAUCGUCUAGCAGAAGAUAAACUAAAUGCUCGAGCGACUGGUCCAUCCGUUCAUAUGCGGCGUCAACAGUACAUUUCGACAAAUUCAUCUUCAGCACAAACACUAUCCACUUCCACAUCGCUUAUUCAAUCGAUCGGACAACUCGAGUGUCAUGAUAAAGCAUGGUACUACAUGGACGAACAACGCUGGCUCGAUGCAAUUCAAGAAACAAUGCUCAUCGUUCUAGCCAUAUGUCGACUGUUAUUAAGUCGAGAACAUAUGACUGUAGAGAAAAGUGGUAUCAUUCUACUAAUCACUCUUGUGAACGGUGCUGAUCUCUUGGCUAUGUCACAUUCGUUACAAUAUCAUGAUGUUAUCGUGGAACGCCUUUGGAUGUAUAUAGGAUUAGUUUUGUUAACAAUUGGCUUGUUUCAGAUGGCAUUUAUCGACACGGAUGGUCUAACACCGUCAUCAACGCUGAAUUCAAAAGGCAAACUCAAGAAACGCAUUCAUUUUCUACAAGAUCAAAAUCUAUGUCCACUCUUUCGAACUUUGUUCAUUCACGAUGGUCUCCUCCUUCUCUAUCGAACAUUAUUAGCCGCUCGAGUCCGAUGUAGUAAGCCUACAAUCAUAUUUUAUAUGGCGAAAAAUUUCCUUAUGAUUGCAUUACAUUGCUAUCGUGCGUACCAUACAUCCAAAGAAAAGGAUCGGAAGAAAGCAUUGGCAGCUUUUGAACAUUUCAUUAAUCCAUCAUCCCUUUCUCGGAAACAUCGUCGUCCUUUGUAUGGAUUAGAACGAACUCGUCUAGGUAAUCAUCAACAGCAACAACAACAGCAACGAUUAUUACACCGAACUUUACGCCAACCCUCAUCAAUAGCGCACCGACGAAAAACCAAAACUCCGCGAGUCAUACAUACGUUCUCGAAUAAUUCGAUUUCCUAUCCAUUUGCACGACGCCGAAAUGAUGGCGGUCGAGCACGAACCGCAUUUGCACUCUAUGGUCUACCUUUCCGUACAGAACAAGCUCCGCGAGCAGCAACAAUAUCUUCAGCGGGAAGUCUUGUUGCCAAAGCAUUAGUUCAUUGA